AUGGGAGAAGAAGAUAAUGAGGAUAACAAAAUGGAGGGAAAGAAGGACAUGGAGAAAUUCAAAAGAAAAGAGCUCGGUCUGUCCUGCAUGUUAAACACGGAAGUUGGGUCUGUUCUUGCUGUGAUCCGGCGACCCCACGACCCGAGUACCCAGUACAUACAGGAAGACGGCUAUGAUUCCUCAUUAGUACAAUCUUUGAAAUCAUUGCGUUCUCUGAUUUUCAAUCCUCAACAAGAAUGGCGAACCGUUGAUCCCGCCAUUUAUCUCUCUCCAUUUCUUGAUGUGAUACAAAGCGGUGACAUUCCAGCUGCAGCCACUGGGGUUGCUCUCUCAGCCGUAUUGAAAAUUUUCAAAGUUGGAAUCUUUGAUGAGAAGACACCAGGAGUAAAAGAUGCCAUUAAUUCUGUUGUGACUGCAAUUACAAGUUGUCAACUUGAAAAAACAGACCGUGUAUCUGAAGAUGCUGUGAUGAUGAGGAUUUUACAAGUUUUUAUUUACAUCAUGAAACACCCGGCCUCAGUUCUGCUUACGGACAAUGCCGUUUGUAUUAUUGUAAAUUCGUGUUUUCAAGUUGUACAACAAUCUGCAAACCGCGGGGAUUUGCUUCAACGUAGUGCAAGAUACACAAUGCAUGAAUUGAUACAAAUAAUAUUUUCACGGUUGCCUGAAAUUGAGGUUAAGUCUGGAGAGGCAUCAGAAUCUGAUUCUGAAGAUUUUGAUAGUGACCGAAAUUUGGAUUCAGGGUAUGGAGUUCGUUCUGCUGUUGAUAUAUUUCAUUUCUUGUGUUCUUUGCUAAAUGUAGUUCAAAUUAUGGAGACAGAAGGAUCUCACUCUGCCGAUGAAGACGUUCAGCUUUUCGCAUUGGUUUUGAUCAAUUCUUCUAUCGAAUUAAGUGGUGAGGCAAUUGGAAAGCACCCCAAGCUCUUAAGGAUGAUUCAAGAUGAUUUAUUUCACCAUUUGAUUCACUAUGGUGAGGGUUCAAGCCCACUUGUGCUAUCCAUGAUUUGCAGUACUGUUUUGAAUAUUUAUCACUUUCUUCGAAGGUUUAUUCGUCUGCAACUAGAAGCAUUUUUUGCUUUUGUACUAUUCAGAGUUGCUGCUCGAGGACGCUCUCUUCAACUCCAAGAAGUUGCGCUUGAAGGCAUAAUAAAUUUCUGUAGACAACCGACAUUCAUAGUUGAAGCCUACGUCAACUAUGAUUGUGAUCCAGUUUGCCGAAAUAUUGUAGAAGAGAUAGGAAAGUUGCUUUGCAAGCACUCGUUUCCAGGGGCUGGCCCUUUGACGAGUUCGCAAAUCCAAGCGUUUGAAGGAUUGGUAAUCCUGAUUCACACCAUUGCAGAAAACAUUGACAAAGAAGGAGAUUCAAGCCCUUCUGGACCAUACCCAGUUGAAAUUACAGAGUACAGACCCUUUUGGGAAGAGAUGCCAAAAGAUGAUGGUCUUGAGGCGUGGGUGCACAGUGUAAGGCAACGGAAAACACAGAAAAGGAAGAUAGUGAUCGCCGGGCAUCAUUUUAAUCGGGAUGAAAAUAAGGGUUUAGAAUAUCUUAAACUUAGUCAUUUGGUCUCUGAUCCCCCAGAUCCAAAAGCCUACGCUUUCUUCUUUCGCUAUACUCAUGGACUAGACAAAAACUUCAUUGGGGAUUUCCUUGGUGACCCUGAUGAGUUCCACAUUCAAGUUCUCAAAGAAUUCACGGAAACCUUUGAAUUUUCAGGCAUGAUCCUUGACAACGCUCUACGAACUUAUCUAGAGACAUUCCGUUUGCCAGGAGAAUCCCAGAAGAUUCAGCGGAUCCUCGAAGCAUUCUCAGAAAGAUUAUACGAUCAACAAUCGUCCGAAAUUUUUGUAAGCAAGGAUUCAGUGUUCAUACUAUGCUACUCUCUCAUCAUGCUUAAUACUGAUCAACACAAUCCGCAAGUCAAGAAAAAGAUGACUGAGGAAGAGUUCAUCAAGAACAACAGGGCAAUCAAUGGAGGAAAAGAUCUUCCUAGAGAGUAUCUCUCAGAGCUAUUUCACUCAAUUGCAAACAAUGAAAUCACUCUUUUUGGGAAAUCUGGCUGCCCAAUCGAUAUGAAUCCAAGCAGAUGGAUUGAGUUAAUGAAUCGAACCAGGUCUAUGAAGCCUUUUACUCUAUGUGAUUUUGAUCGUCGGCUGGGUAGAGAUAUGUUUGCGUCCAUUGCUGGUCCAUCAGUUGCGGCUCUUUCUGCCUUCUUUGAGCAUGCUGAUGAAGAUGAAUUGCUCCAAGAAUGCAUAGAAGGACUAAUCUCAAUAUCUAGAAUAGCUCAGUAUGGACUAGAAGACACUCUUGACGAACUUCUUGCCUCAUUCUGCAAAUUCACCACGUUGUUAAAUCCUUAUGCCUCAGCAGAAGAAACAUUGUUUGCUUUUAGCAACGAUAUGAAGCCAAAGAUGGCUACGCUUGCGGUAUUCACCCUUGCAAAUAACUUUGGAGACUCGAUUCGAGGGGGUUGGAGGAAAAUAGUCGACUGCUUGUUGAAACUAAAAAGGCUUAUGCUACUACCCCAAUCUGUGAUUGAAUUUGAUACCUCUUCCACCUCUGAUGUCCCACCACACUCCAGAACUGAAUCCGGCGUCGUCUUCACCACACAUGAAACCAAAUAUGGAAUAGGAAGCCGCCACACUUCUGGCAUUAUUGGUCGUUUCACCCAUUUUCUAUCCCUUGAUAGCCCAGAAGACGCUAUGUCCCUUGGCAUGAACGAAUUAGAACAAAAUCUCAAGGUUAUUAAACAGUGUAGAAUUGGGAACAUCUUCAGCAAUAGUUCAAACUUACCUGCAGAAGCUUUACUGAAUCUCGGACGUUCUCUGAUAUUUUCAGCUGCUGGAAAAGGCCAAAAAUUUAGCACUCCAGUUGAAGAAGAAGAAACCGUUGGUUUCUGUUGGGAUUUGAUCACUGCCAUUGCUUUGGCCAACAUAAACAGGUUUCAAACGUUUUGGUUUUAUUUCCAUGAGUAUCUUCUUGAUGUUGCCCAGUUUCCUUUGUUUUCGCCCGUCCCAUUUGCAGAAAAGGCAAUUAUAGGCCUUUUCAAGGUGUGUCUGAGGCUUCUUUCGUAUUACCAAGUUGAUAAAUUACCAGAGGAGCUAAUUUUCAAGUCCAUAAAUUUAAUGUGGAAGCUGGAUAAAGAAGUUCUUGAGACAUGUUGUCCGUUUAUAACACAGUCAGUGAGCAAGAUCAUCGUGGAAUACCCUGCAAAUUUGCAAUCCUCGCUUGGGUGGAAGACUGUUCUUCAUUUAUUAUCGGUAACUGGUCGGCACCCUGAAACCUACGAUCAGGGGGUUGAGACUUUAAUCAUGUUAAUGUCUGACGCCACUCAUGUUUCACGUACAAAUUAUGCCUACUGUAUUGACUGUGCAUUUAGUUUUGUGGCGCUCAAGAAUACUCCAUUGGAGAAGAACUUGAAGAUUUUGGACUUAAUGUCAGAUUCCGUGAAUUUGCUGAUACAAUGGUACAAAAAUGCAUGCCUAGAAUCAGGGACCAGUGUUAGCGUUGCAAGCAUUUCAAGUGCCUUUUCCUUCGAGGACACCAAAAGUCUGGCUUCUUUGAACUUUGCCAUAAAUUUAUUUAUCAAAUUAGGGGAAGCACUUAGAAAAACCAGCUUAGCGCGGCGAGAAGAAUUAAGAAAUCAUGCAGUCUUAUCUCUUCACAGAAGCUUUACAUUGGCUGAAGACUUGGAUAUUUCAUCCACAAACAUUAUCAACUGUUUUAACCUUGUGAUAUUUGCAAUGGUUGAUGAUUUACAUGAAAAGAUGGUAGAGUAUUCAAGAAGAGAGAAUGCAGAGAAGGAAAUGAGAAGUAUGGAAGGGACUUUAAAACUUGCAAUGGAGUUCAUGGCAGAUGUGUAUUUGCAAUAUGUAAAACAAUUAGUAGAGAGUCCAGGGUUCAGGACUUUCUGGUUAGGAUUGCUGAGAAGAAUGGAUACAUGCAUGAAGGCUGAUUUGGGACCAUAUGGUGACACUAAAUUACAAGAAUUAAUUCCAGAAUUGUUGACUAAGAUGAUAGCAAAGAUGAAGGAAAUGGAGAUUUUAGUGCCAAGAGAAGGUGAUGAUUUAUGGGAGAUCACUUACAUUCAGAUACAAUGGAUAGCUCCUUCACUCAAAGACGACCUUUUUCCUAAUGACUUUUGUAUCUGA